AGAUUAUAAUUCUAGUGUAGCGACAAUUUUAUAAAAAUCACCGAAUCAUGUAAUUUACAUCUAUCUCGCUUUCCCAGUAUCCAAUCACCCAAAAAAAAAAAGAUCUUCUUUGUUUAUUAUUCAUUAAGGUUACAGAAAUUAAGAAAUGCCGGAACCAGAGGCAGGUACGCCACCGGAGUCAGCUCCGGCUACGCCAGGGACACCGGUGACACCGGGUGGCCCGCUGUUCACAUCUCUGCGAGUGGACUCGCUGUCGUAUGAUCGGAAGUCAAUGCCGCGAUGCAAGUGCUUGCCCGUGAAUGCUCCAACGUGGGGUCAGCCUCACACGUGCUUCACCGACUUCCCUGCACCUGGUAUCUCUCUCACUCGCAAGCUUGGAGCAGAGUUCGUGGGGACUUUCAUCCUGAUAUUUGUAGCGACGGCAGGACCCAUUGUAAACCAGAAGUACAAUGGAGUGGAGACACUGAUCGGGAAUGCAGCUUGUGCAGGGCUGGCAGUGAUGGUCGUGAUUCUGUCGACGGGACACAUCUCCGGUGCACAUCUCAACCCAUCUGUCACCAUUGCUUUCGCAGCACUGCGCCACUUCCCCUGGGCUCAAGUCCCAGCCUAUAUUGCGGCACAGGUUUCAGCUUCUAUUUGUGCUUCCUUCGCUCUCAAGGGUGCUUUCCAUCCCUUCCUGUCCGGCGGAGUCACGGUUCCUUCCGUAAGCACCGGCCAGGCUUUCGCCAUCGAGCUCAUUAUCACUUUCAUUCUCCUGUUCGUUGUCACCGCCGUUGCCACUGACACCCAAGCGGUGGGAGAGUUGGCGGGCAUUGCUGUUGGAGCUACUGUUAUGAUGAACAGUCUCGUGGCCGGGCCAUCAACCGGAGCUUCAAUGAAUCCGGUACGCACUCUGGGUCCGGCAGUUGCAGCAGGAAAUUACAAGGCACUGUGGUUAUACCUGGUGGCGCCCACACUUGGGGCCCUUCUUGGUGCAGGUACAUACACGUUAGUCAAGCUCCGAGACGAGGAGACUGAUCCGCCGCGCCAGGUCAGGAGCUUCCGUCGCUAGGCAUGCAGCACUCGAACCUAGCUAUAUAUGCUUGCCUUUCACGCCGAUCCUGAUGCCGCUGUUGUUGCAAUUUCCUACACUACUUUUUGGCAGUGUUUGGACUUUCAAGUACCAUGAUGUGAUAGUUUGAAAGUAAUAUAAUAAUAAGAAGAAGAAGGAUAGAGGUGUCGUGGGCACCUGAGGAUGUGACCGAAAGUCUUCUCUCUACAGUUGAAUUGAAUAAAAAGGACAUAAUUUCCUUCGUCUGGUGCUUGUCAUCUUUCGGGGGACUCUCUCCUUGGAUGGACCGCUGUGUUAGGUUGGAUUUGCCUGUCUUUGGUUUUUUGGUCUCCUUCGCAAGAAGACCCGACUUGUAAAAAUUAUGCGUGUUGCGUGCCUUUGGUUUUGUUUCCUUCGUGAAAAUACUCUGCGUUUGUUGCUUAUUUGGUGCCGAAAUAAUGUGUAUUAGUAGGAGUGAUUUGUUCAUAUAAUACUAUACUCCUUUGUUGUUUUGUUUGUGUA